AUGAUUACAUAUGAUUACUAUAAUGGUGGUGAUCGAAAAUUUCAAAUUAAUCUUGAUUUACCAUCCAACCAGACCUAUGUUCUAAUUGUUUCUACUUAUUCUCCAAAUGUUACAGGAUUAUUUACAAUCAUAGUUGAAGGUCCAUCAAAUGUUGAACUCAUUCACAAUGAUUAUUUCGUUUUAGAAACAACGACAACAACCACAAUACGACCUAUGAUUACAUCUGAAUAUUUCGGUUUUUUAUCAUCUGAUAAUUUACAAUUCAACCGGCCGACAAGUAAUUCAGAUAAUCAUUAUUAUCAAGCUAUUGAAAUAACAGCUACUGUGAGUGAUGCAUAUAUUUUCAUGAGUAGUAGUACAUUCGGUAUGUAUGGUUACUUUUAUGAAAAUUCAUUUGAUCCAUAUUAUUCUAAUCGCAAUUUAAUUGCGUCUAAUAAUGAUAAUACACAAUUUCGUAUUAAUGUUACUUUACAAUUUCAACGCAAAUAUAUUUUGGUUAUUACUUCAUUUGGAUACAAUAUUACAGGAGCAUUUUUGAUCAAAGCAAUGGGUCCAACACUACUUCUUUUCACUCCGAUUAACCAAAUAAAAAGUGAAUGA